AUGGAGACAAUCAAUUUAAAUAGACAAAAUUAUAAGGUUCAUUCUAUAAACUUAUUCCAUAGAUAAAAAUCGCAUAGAUUUCCAAAAUUUUUUUCUUGUUGUGUUUUAAUUGGAUUAUGCAAUCAAGAAUUAUGCAGAUAAAUUCCUAAAUUCGUUAUUACAACUCUUUCUAAGAUUUAAGAAUAUAGAUUGAGAGUUAUCAAUAAUUGUGAAAUAUUUUAUUAUAUUUUAUUCAAUAAUAAUUCUUACAGAAUGGCAUCAUAGAUAGUAUUUAAGGAGAAGGAUUACGAAUUUAUUUACAAAACCAGAGUCAUUUAAUUAUAAUAAACUACAGACAAUCCAUUGAGAUUAGACAGACCAAAGGUUACAAUACAAAGAGGAAGGAAAGCCAAUGUAUAAAUAAGAACAAAAGGAAAUUUCGUUGAUCCUUUGUCAAGAGCAGCUACUUAAAAAGCUUAAACAAAUCCAUUAAGCAGACCACAAACCGUGGAUCCAUUGGCUAGACCUUCAGCUUAACCAACUCAAAAAAUAGAAUAGUCAUAAUCACAAGCCUAGGCGAAAAGUGUUGAGCCAAAUAAGCCAUAAUAAUAAUAAUAGGAAGGCAAACUUGAGAUUGAUGCAGAAGAGAAAUAAUUAAAAGCAACAGGAGAAUUUUCAAUUUAUUGGUCGGAAAUAAGAGAGGACUUCUAAAACAUAUUUCAAAUUAAAACAUACGAUUUAGAGCAACCAGUACCAAAUCCUUUUGGAUCUAAUGUUCAAGCUAUGAAUUAAUUUGAUGGAUAAGCUAAAUCAGCAUAUAGUGGAGACAGCAAAAUUGAAUAUUAGACACAGGCUCCAAAGUAAGGGACUUAAAAAAUGAUCUUAUAAAAAACAUACAUUCAAAAGGUCUUGGAUAUCAGAAGAGAUUUAAAGAGACAAUGGAUUAAUGGAGACAAGGUGGCAUCAUUAUAAUUAGCAAUCUAAUCUUGCAAAUUACUAAUUGAUAAUGAUAAGCCUCUCUUCGCUCCUGUCAAAUAUGUUUACAUUAUUGACAUUUUGGAAACCUUUGGUAAAUUCGUAAUUGAGAGAUUGUUAAAAUUAAGUUAUCCACAGUAUACAGACUAAAAGAUUGCUGAAAUCAGUUUAUAAAGUGUGGUUGGAUCAAACAUCUCUGAAACAGCUUCAGAAAUAGGAAGAAAUUGGAUAAAUAAAAUAGGAUCUAUAAGAGAAUUAUUACCUCGAUUGUAUGUGGAAGCCACUCUGUUGAAGGUUUAUUAUUUUAUUGAUUAAACCUAAAUUAAACCAAUAUUCCAAAGACUUAUUAAAUAAGUCAGGGCAAUUGGUGAUUAUAUCAAUGCUUUGUACUUUGCACUUUAUCUAUUUAGAAUAGGAGCUGAAUUAUUCUCAGGCGAGAAGGAUUAUCUCAUAUCUACAUUAAAAGAUUUCUUUAUCUAUAUGAAUCAAAAAACUAAAUUUGGCAAAUUAGAUGUCUAAGGAGACUAAUAUCUAAGACUUUUUGAACCAUAUUUAAUAUAGACAUUUAGACAAUAUUCACAAAAUUGUACAGAAAGAGAAUUUAAGGAUAUUUUUGAACAUUUUAGAUAGAGUACUUAAAAUCAUUUUGUUUUGAAAAAAAUGAUUGAAUAAUUUUAGGCUGUUCAUAUUAGUACACUAGCAUUAGAGUUAUUUUCAAUAAUGCAAGCUUAUCCUGUGGAUAAUAAAUAUUAAUUAUAUGCUUGCUUUUUACCUAAAAUAGCUAAGGGAUUAACUAAUGUAGCUGCUGGUGCUGAGAUAUGUGAGUAUGUUUUAUAGGACAUUUUAUAAAUAAAGUCAUUUUCACUCUUUUUAGAGAUCUUGGCAUCAUUAAUUGAAUUGAUUUUUAGAUCCUUUUAGGGAUAUCAGAAAAAUUAAUUCUUUUUCUUGAUAUUAUAAAGAUUCAAUGAUUUAUUUAGUAUGGUUGAAAAGGAUCAAGUGAAUACCAAUUAAAGUAGGGAUACUUUUAUCAAAUUGCAUUAAUUUAUUAUUAAAAUAUUUUAAGAUUCUUAAGAUAUUUCAGAAAUACUCUAAAUUGACACAUUUAUUACUUGUAUCUAAUUUUUCCCUGAAGACAUGAAGAAGCUAGUGUGUAAUGAUUUGCUUUCGAUGAUAAUAAAUAGGGAUCAGAAAGAAAAAAUCACUGAUCCUAUGGCAGUGCAUUCAAUUGUAAAGUUAACAGCAAAUUUGAAUAAUAAGAAAUCAAUUACCAAGGAUGAAUAAAAAAGCUUGGCAAAAAUAAUUAAUUAAUUAUUGUAAAAGAUUGAUUUUGGUAAAGAUUUAGAAUAAACAUUGAAUCUAUAUGCUGAAAUGAGAGCUUAAUUUGGAAAUAUAAAAGCUUUGGAUUUUAAUUUUUUAAAGGGCAAGCGAUUGUCGAAGGGGAAAAUAUCAAAAAGAAGAUAAUUUCAUUUUUUUAGGCUUGGCAUAGCUUAUAGUUUUAUCACUAUUCCCACAAUAGAUAAUCCAAUAUCUAGGUUGAGAAAAUAUAUUCAAGUGGCUCAAGUUGGUUUAUCAUUGAAUUUAUUAUCAUAAAGUGAAGCAGUCAUUAAAACUACUAUUGAAAAUCUUCUUGAAUUACCUGAAACAUUUAAUGGUCGACCCAUCGAUGAAAUCGUUGUGCCAUACAUUUUGGACUUAAUUUCCUUCAUUAUUGUUGUCCCUGACGACCCUUCUGCUGGCUACUUGAAUAUUUUCCAAGGCUUGUUGAAAGCACUUGAGUAGCUCAAAUGGAAUCCAAAGAAUGGAGGAAUUCACGCAAUAGUAAUAUAUGUUAAUUGCAUUCAAUACUUAUGUGCUUAAGUUUAAGAAAGAUUGCCUUAUCAUUUUGAGAAUGUUAAAUCUAAUGAUGCUUUGUUCAAUAAGGACUCUUAAUUUAGUUUGACCAUAUUGGAAUUAGUGCAAUAAUUGUAUGUUAAAUUGGGGGAACAAGCUUAAGCAAUUCUAAAAUCAAAUAUUACCGAUUCAAUAGAAAAUGGUUUGAUUGUAAAGCAGAUGUUAAGUUGCUUGAAUAGAUUGCUAUUGUUAUUAAAAUUUAAUAAAGAAGCAGAAACUACAUUUACAAUAAUGGUUGAUUUAAUAUAUAAAAAAAUAAAUGAAUUAAACAGAGAUAGAACAGGAAAGGUGUAAUUGACCAUAUUAAAAGCAUAUUUCCUCUAAACUUUUAUUAGCAUUGAGAAGUCAACUACAUUUAAUUUUGAGGAGAAAAAGAAUUAAAUGGUAAGUAUCUUAGAAAGCGCAAAAAAUUGA